GUGUGUGCUGAAUGCCGAGGCGCCGGUGGAGCCAGCUCGCUUCCGUGUGUGAAUCAUUUCUCAAGCAGCUCUCUGUGUCUCUCUGAAUGUGGUUUUCCUCUCAGGGAAGCACUCAAGCCCUGAAUUUUCAGUCUGGUUUGCACAUGCUGUCAGAAGCUAGUGGGAGACCCUUUUCUUUUUAACGCAGAAAAGAGGACGAGCUUUUUGCUAGUCUGUAGACUGAAUUACUUGGGAAGAAAAUGAAGAGUAGUGCCAGGCCUUGGAGUGCAAUAGCAAAGCAAGGGAGCCAUGGAGUUGACAGAGGGAAACCUCUUCCCACCACCUCCACAGGAAUGAAGACAUCAAAGUCCUCCACUUCCCUGGCCUUUGAAUCUCGGCUCAGCAAGCUGAAGCGGGCGAGCAGCGAGGACAUGCUCACCAAACCCGGGCCAGCAGCAGCUUCGGGAGUGUCCAGGCUGAAGAAGACAAUCACAGCAGGAGCCAUCUCAGAGCUUGCCGAGAGCCGGCUGAAGCCCAGCACAGGAGCGGUUUCGGCUGCGAAGCGCACGGGGAUCCCGGCGCCCCGGGAAUUGUCCUCGUCCGUGUCCAGGGAGAGAGCUGUGCUGCGUGCUCAGGCCAACCCCAGGAAAACACAGCCCAGCCCCACCUCUUCUGCUGCACCAACUCCGACCAAACACGUGCGCCCCACCAGCAAGUCCAAGCAAGAGAAUGAAGCUGGUGACAAGGCUGUUCUGGAAUCUCAGGUUAAAGAGCUCCUGGCAGAAGCAAAGACGAAAGAUUCGGAAAUUACCAAACUUCGUUGUGAGUUGAAGAAAUGCAAAGAGAAAGGGUCACUCAACGCUGAAGGAAUGGGGGCUUCCAACCAAAAUUUAGAAACAGUAUCACCUGUUGACAUAGAUCCAUUAAUAAGAACCCUUCAGGAGAAAAACAGGACUUUCCAAAAAGAGCUUGCUAGCCUGGGCGAAGAAAACCGUGCUUUGAAAGAGAAAUUGCUUUACCUGGAGAACUCCCCUCUCUCAGACACAACCACAAGCAGUGGAGGCGACAGCAGCCUCCCAACCCCAACCACCCAAGAGUCGAGUUUUGGAAGCCCAUCCAAGAGUGUGUCCAGGGGUGAGGCAGAGGAGCACAGGCAGCACCUGAACGGGGCUGCCCUGCGCAAUUCCGGCUCCUCCAGCAGCGAUGUCACCAAGGCCUCCCUGUCCCCUGAUGCAUCUGACUUUGAGCACAUUGCAGAUGUGCCUUCCAGGCCAGCAUCUGCCAGCAGCAACCACUUCAAAGGCUCCAAGUGCUCCACUGCAGGAAGUUCUCCAAACAAUAUUAGCGACCUCUCUGUGGCAUCUCUUACGGAGAGAAUACAAAAGAUGGAGGAGAAUCACCACAGCACAGCAGAAGAGCUGCAGGCCACUUUGCAGGAGCUGUCUGAUCAGCAGCAAAUGGUGCAGGAGCUGACCACAGAAAAUGAGAAGCUGGUGGAAGAGAAAGCUCUCCUGGAGACCUCCUUCCGUCAGCACAGAGACAGAGCUGAGCAGCUGAGCCAGGAAAAUGAGAAGCUCAUGACUCUCCUCCAAGAGCGAUCCAAGAAUGAAGCUCAAGAGGAGAAGGUCCUUGAACUGGAACAGAAAUGUGCAGAAGUUCUUGAAAAAGCACAAUUUGAAAGGGAGAAAUUGCUCAACAUUCAGCAACAGUUAACCAGCAGCCUGAGAAGCUUAGAAAGGGAGCAUCAGGAUGCCCAGCAGGUGAUAAAAAGCCUGAGAGAAGAAAAUGAGAAGCUGCUUAAACUUCUAGAAGUGGAACAGCAGAGCAACAGCGCAGUGACAAAAAGUCUGGAGGACUGCAAAAUUGCCUUGGAAGGUCUGAAAAUUGAGAAUGGCUCUCUCAAAAUUCAGCUGGAGAAUGAGAAACAAAAGGCUGCAGAAAUCAACGUGAUGGGCUGCACCUCUGACAACUCUGAGGUGCAGGAGAUGCUCAAAGUAGCCCAUGCAGAAAAGGCCCAGUUAGAAGCCUCUUGCACUGAGCUGAAACAAGAGCUGCUGAAGGCAAACAGUGAACUGAAGCACAUUCAGGGGCUGCUGUCUAAGGCUGAGAAUGAGUAUGGUCAGCUGAAGGAGGUGUGUGACCGACAGGCUGAGCAACUGAGCAGAACCAGCCAGAAGCUGCAGGAGAAGACAUCAGAGAAUGAAGCAGAUAUCAAAAACCUGAAGGAGACCAUUUUUGAGUUGGAAGACCAGGUGGAACAGCAUCGUGCUAUAAAACUGCACAAUAACCAGCUCAUCAGUGACCUGGAAAGUAAAGCAAUGAAGCUGGAAGAACAAAAACAAGAUACAGAGAGGCAGCUGAAAGCUCUCACUAAGCAGAUGAAGGAGGACACAGAGGAGUGGAGGCGUUUCCAGGCUGACCUGCAGACUGCAGUGGUUGUGGCCAAUGACAUUAAGUGUGAAGCUCAGCAGGAGCUCCGUGUGGUGAAGAGGAAGCUGCAGGAGGAGGAGGAGAAGAGCGCCAGACUGCAGAAGGAGCUGGAUGAAGUGAAGGGCAGCAACAGGCUGGCAGCUGAAGAGGUGGAUUCUGUGGAGUCAGACACAGCCAGCCGCUGGCAGGGGGUCUGCCUCAGCAGAGCAUCUCCCACGCCUCCGGAGUCUGCAGCCACUGUGAAGUCACUGAUAAAGUCCUUUGACUUGGGAUGCUCAGGUAGCAGUGGACAAAAUAUCCCAGUUCACAAGGUGCCCAGGAGCCCUCUCAGUGGAAUUCCAGUGAGGACAGCCCCAGCAGCUGCUGUUUCCCCAAUGCAGAGACAUUCUGUGUACAACAAUGCCAAGCCAGCCAGCAAGGGCAUUGCCAGACAUGCAGACCUGUCAGACCUCCCUCUGGCAGACCUUCUGAAGGGGAGGAAUGAAGAGCUGAAACCAGACCAUUACCUCCGCAAAAGCCCCUCCCUGGAGUCCCUGAGCAAACCCCCCAUGGCCUUCAGCAGCAGGAUGCUUUCCUCCACCCCCAGCUGCUUGAAACCCCAAAGCAAACUCAGUGUGGAGAGGAAGGACCCCCUGGCAGCCCUGGCCCGGGAGUAUGGGGGUUCCAAGAGGAAUGCUUUGUUGAAAUGGUGCCAAAAGAAGACUGAAGGUUACCAGAAUAUUGAUAUUACCAACUUCAGCAGCAGCUGGAGUGAUGGGCUGGCCUUCUGUGCUCUCCUGCACACAUAUUUGCCUGCACAUAUUCCUUACCAGGAGCUCAACAGCCAGGACAAAAAGAGAAAUCUGCUGUUGGCAUUUCAAGCUGCUGAAAGUGUGGGCAUCAAACCCAGUCUGGAGCUCAGCGAGAUGCUGUACACGGACCGGCCCGACUGGCAGAGCGUCAUGCAGUACGUGGCCCAGAUCUACAAAUACUUUGAGACCUGAGCUGCAGAGCAAGAGGUGGACACGAGUGGGGAAGAGAACAAAGAAUGCUACAGAUGCACUCGAUCACUUUAAAAACCUGCUUGCUCCUCUUCCACAACCAACUGAAGCUCUUAGUGUGAAAGGAGGCUCUUCCGUAGGUUUGAUUCCAUCUGGGACUGCAACCAAAUAAUUCCCUGUUGUCCACCUUUGCAAACCAAAUCCAUUGGUAAGUUUGCUCCCACAUGGAAAUUGCAAAGCGUUCUCAAGCACACAUGGGAUAUUUCUGAAAAGGAUCCCUUGGGCUAACAACAUUGGCCUUGACAGGAGACCUGCUACACAGUGAAGUUUUAAGUCAAUGUGGACUAUGCUGGCACUCAAGGGAGGCUGGGAGAUUAAUGUUCAUGCAAAAGCUCACAAAAAUGCUCUUCUUGCCAAAAGAUGCUUAAUUCAUCCCAAGUACAUGUUGUUUUCUUGCCUCCAUGUAUUUUAUGAAACACCUUGACAGAUGCACUUAAGUUGUAGAACCUUAACCUGAGUUACUCUCGCACAUCUCACCCAAUAACUGCACUAAUUUACUCAUAGCAUAACCAGCAGGAUGGUAACAGGAUCAUUUGUAACUCAGAAACCACCCUCUGUUCAUCACCAGCUAGUGAAAUAAGUCUGAAAGGUCCUGUUAGGUGCUGGGACUUCAUUUCAUCUCAAACAGAAAUAAUGUCUUUGAGGAAAAAUAGGUUUAUUACUCCAACUUCAUUACUUGAUUACUCCGGGAAGCCAGAGCUUGGUUUCCUGGCUGACUGUGCAGGCACAGUUAUCACAGGAACAUUGCAAAUGCAAUUUAACAGCUUUAGCUUGAAAGGUGCCAGUAAUCAGGUGAGCAAUACAGUGACAUCUCAUAUUUUUUGUGGAUUGAGUGGAGUAACUUCUUCCCUCUGUGUUGCUCCUGUCUGGUCAGCACAGCUGUGUCAUUGCUGCCUGGAGGCAGGAAUCUGGAGACAGCCUGUGCCCUGUGCCAUGAAAUACAGCCCACGGGGCACUGGGACAUGCUUGGAAGUGAUGUCAUGCUGUGAAGGAACACAGUCAUACAUCAGCACCAAUGGAAGGUGCACUUCACUCCACAGAUGACAAACAAUGUAACUGGAACCCGUCUGUGCCAGGGAGAUCAGGCGCCAGGGAGCAGCUUCCCACCUCAGAAACACUGUUAGGAAAAUGCCUGAUAGACACUGUGAAGUGUCCAUUAUUCUGUGUCUCUCAUUUCACCUGAUGAAAUUAAUUUUUGUGUUUGUCUGCAAGGAUGGAAGCAUCCAACAGGCUGCUGGAUUUGUUCUAGGAGCAUGUAAAGGCUGCCUGGCUGCUUCAGGGCACGCUGGUAGGAGAAAGUUGGUGUUUAGUUACUGUGCUUAACCCUGAUGCUUUGUGGACAUUAGUCCUAGGGAGCUAGGCAUCAUUUCUCUCUUGCAAAAAAUAUAGUGCUCACUACUCCUGCCUCCUGGAAAAAGGCUCAUGAAAUGGAAACAAGAGAUUUCACAGAACAAAAUUGGUUUCAGGCUUUCAAGGGCUUUGCAGGUGGCUGAUCUCAGCCUCUGGUUCCCCAUAGUGCUUUGUUGUUUGAUUUGAUUUUACUUUGUAAUGCUAUUUAAUUAAUAAACAAUGUAUUUCAGACUUGGUGUUCUCACAGCAGAAUAAAGGAUUCAGGAAUAGAUGGAAGAGCCCAGAGCCAGGGAGUGCUUUGAACAAAGAGGAUGCUGGAGGAAGGCAGUGCCUGUUCUGGGGGAGGACAAAAUCAUCUCUUGCUCUUGGUUUUAGUCUGAAAUUAAUUCUAAUCCAUUGCCUCUGGGAAAGUCCAGUUGCAGUCUUUGGAGAGGCUGUGUGGUAAAAAUGGCCAGGGGAGAGCACAGGCAGUGCCCCUGAUGCUGGCUGCCAUCCUGCCCUGUGAGCAAGCAGCUGAGUGCUGCCAAGGCAGCUCCUUGCAGGGGAGCCCUUUCUAGGUGGAAUUCACUCUGGAACUUCUCAGCACGCCCUCGUGUCCAUGGAGAACCCAAGAUGAGUUGCUCUAAAAUGCAGGAUGAGAUGGAAGAGG